CGAAAAUCUAUUUAGUUCCGAUUAUAUGGGCAACACAAUGACAUGUGCAAAAUUUCUAUCCAUAAACCGACUUACAAGACUCUUUUCCCGUUUCGCAUUUCCCAAUUUCUAAUUUCUUUAUGUACACAAACCCUAGAAACUUUCGAAGGUGAGGUUCUCUCUUGCUGGCCAUUUUCAUUUUGCCCCAGCGUUACGGGUAUUAGUGCUGAACACCGAGUGCUCGCCGCCAUCAACCUUGCUCUCCGCCAGCCUCCUUCUCUGCCAUCAACCGCUAGGCAUCAGACGGUGAGACGUCAUCUUCUUCAAUCUUCAGUUCUUCACACCGUCAUCUUGCUUCUUCUUCACCAUUCACGUUGAGACGUCGACAGGAAUCCAGACCACUGCCAUUCUUCUUCUUCACCGUUUUUAACUGGAAGUACUCGUCUUUUCUCCAUACAUCUAUCUGAUUGACAACAAUGUUGCGUCAAAGCUGUAAGAAGUUAAUCGGUCAAACCCAAUUUCAAUUUCAAGGAUCACUGACUCGUCUUUACCACGAGAGGGUAGUAGACCAUUAUGAUAACCCAAGAAAUGUGGGCUCUUUUGAUAAGAAUGAUCCAGAUGUGGGAACGGGGCUUGUAGGUGCUCCAGCUUGUGGGGAUGUGAUGAAACUUCAGAUUAAAGUUGAUGAUAAAACUGGAAAGAUUGUUGAUGCUCGUUUUAAAACCUUUGGUUGUGGUUCUGCUAUUGCUUCUUCUUCUGUUGCUACCGAGUGGGUGAAAGGGAAACAAAUGGAGGAGGUGCUGACCAUUAAAAACACGGAAAUUGCAAAGCAUUUGUCACUCCCGCCUGUGAAACUGCAUUGCAGUAUGCUUGCCGAGGAUGCAAUCAAAGCAGCUGUUAAAGACUAUGAAAGAAAACGUGUGAAGAAAAACGGUAGCAGCUCGGUAUCUGCAUCUUCCAAUACGGCUGUUGAGCUUUGAAGCAGGAUACAAUCAACUGAUGUGAUGGAAGACUGGGGUUAGCGGAAACUAAUGCUAGUAUUGUGGUUUGGCUCCUUGUACAAACAAAUAAAUUGUUCCACCUGACAUUACUUGUAUGGUUUGGGGAAUGUUGUCUUUGAAAUAGGAUUUUAACCCUCUGUAUUAGUAUGUAUAUUAAAUUUUGCUGGUAUUAACGUUUUGUUUUAUCCUUCUGAUGAUAAUGAAGAAAACAGGUUUGUAUCACCAUUGACCCCUCACAAAUCUUGGUUUUUCCUAGGAUAUUGCUUGUGGACAAAGCUAUGAGAGUAUUGCUUAAUGUGUAAUGUGUUGGCUUAUCAUCC